CAAUCCUGAUAGGGUAGUUUAAUUACUCCUUAAAUAGGUGUAUAUAAAUUUAAAAACAGUACACGCAUAAGGUAAUUUAAACGCAAAGAAGAUAGAAGGAAAAUUAUGAAUUUAAAACACAAUUGCCUUUUUGUUGUUUUGAUUUUGCUUUCCUGUGUGAAAACAGCAGGGUCCGUUAAGAAUAACAGCAAAUUUACAUUCAAGAUUAAACAGGAUUUUACAGAAACGGUCUUUCCUCAAUUUCGGAAAUACGAUUUAAGUUUGCUGUUCAAGAUAACGCCGACGACGUAUAUAUUUGAGUACACAGGUGAUGGAGACGGUUCUAGUGUAUUCCAGACAGUGUUACAUCAUUUCAGAGAUGAGAUAGUUGAAGCAGAACCUGUUCGUGUUUACAACAACACUUUAAGACCAGAAAAAUCUAUGUUCGGGGAUCGAGAAAAAAGGAGUUACGGAGAAACGACAAACCUCGUUUGCAGUCACUAUUAUGGGAUGGAUAUACCUAAAGCCUGGUCAAGUGGUUAUACUGGCAAAGGAGUUAUAUUUGGAAUAACUGAUGUCGGCAUCAACACAGAUCUUUUAGAUUUGAAGCAAAACACAAUUGAAGACUUAUGCCACAACUUUAUAAAUAAUUCUAAAGACGUUGCUCCGGACGUUUUACAUAACAUGCGGUCUGAAUCAAACCAUGCUACAGAUCAUGGCAACAGAGUUGCAAGCAUUGUAGCAGCUACAAAGGGAAAUAAUCUGUGCAGUGCUGGGAUAGCUCACGACACAAAGUUUGCAGCGUUGAAAAUUUAUCAAGUGAUAUCGUUCGAAGGUAUUGUAGAACUUCAUCCAAAGCAUUGGACUGAAUCUGACAUCACAUCGAAAGCUUUGACUCACAGAUUAGAUAAAAUUGAUAUAUUUGUGAAUGCUUGGACAUCAACAAACACUUUCGACCCCUUGGAUCUAGGUACAAGAGAAUCAUUAGCGUAUGGAGCUGGAUCGGGCCGCAAUGGACUAGGCGCCAUAUAUACGUUUCCAGCAGGACCUGUGGGUAACGGGUUAUCUAAUACAAACAACACAAUUACUGUGAACAGUAUCGGUAUACAGGGUAUCAUACCAGAUGACGCGCAGAUUGACGCAAGCGUUCUUACCUCCGGCCUUUGGCAGGGAAACAAUUUGACAGCAUCAGAUAUGGUUACGACAACUCGCAACGACAGAUGUAUCACCAGCUUUAAAGGUGUUUCUGCAGCAGUAGCACAGGUUUCAGCAAUAAUUGGUUUGGGUCUCGAGGCAAAAAGAUCUUCUGUGCCUUCCACCCGAUAGUCGGAAGAGGUAGCAGAGUGAUGUUAAUCACGUGAUCCUCUCCUAUGUUUCUUUUUAAAAGAAGCCUACUUGUUUUAUUGUCUUCGUAUAAAUGUAUAAUGUAUCCA